AUAAUAGAAAAGCAUGGUCUCUUCCCUAAUGACGUACCUAAUUGGAAUUGGGCUAACUCUACUGAGCACUUCAGAAUUUUAUACAAUUCAAGUUGGAGCGACACCAACCGAUGCCGAAAUCACGCAACUCACAUUAGCUGUCAAUAGCCUUUCAAUAAUAGUUGGUAAACAGCAACAACGCAUAGGAGACCAAAAUAAGGAAAUUGCUGCAUUGAAAGAUAAUGAUAUCAAACUGAAAACCCUAGUUGGACAGUUGGACGGGAAAUGUGAUGAAGCUUGUAAAUGUAAGUGUAGGCGUAUUCCAGGAAGGAGAGGGCUUAAAGGGAAUCCUGGUGUAAAAGGUGAAACUGGUCCACAAGGCCCAAAGGGAGAUGAAGGUGACAUAGGACAAAAUGGGUUAGAUGGUGAAAAGGGCGAUAGAGGUGCGAAUGGCCUGCCAGGUGCAAAAGGCGAAAAAGGUGAUCGGGGGUCAAAAGGAGAAAAUGCUGUUUCUAUUCAAGGACCAUCUGGUCCACCAGGACCACGUGGACAAAGGGGUGAACCAGGAAAUAGAGAAGACGUGCAACAAAACGAGGAGAUGACAAUUGAAGAGGCUUUGAUUAAUGACGAUUUAGUAAAUGGAGAUGAUGCUUUCAUAGUAACUUACGGGAUGUGGACAAAAUGGAGUCCUUGGUCACGUUGCAGUGUCACGUGUGAUAGUGGAACUCAGACCAGAACGAGGCUUUGUCGGAAGACGUCACCGUGGGAUAUUGAUUGUGAUGGAGAGGAUAGCGUCUCAAGAUUUUGCGACAAUGGAUUGUGUCCAGAUUGUGACAAAACGUGUCCAUCAAAUAAACGUUUAAAUGGAAACUGUACGGCUUGUAUUUGUCCAUCUAAUAUGAGACACAUACAAGUUUUCAAUACGAAAAUGGUCCCGAUAGAUGGCGUGACAGUUGCUAAGUUGGAGACACAGUAUGAAAUAUUGGGAACAACCGCUGAUUCAAAUGGGACUACAAUUGAUUAUCUUUGUGAAUCAGACUUGUUGAUAUUCAAGAAGUCGAAGUAUGUGGAUGUCACAUUAUCUGUUGGUGGGGUCUCUUCCGAUCCAAUUGUGGUUACAAUGGAAACAACAGAAUCAAUAGAAGUAGUGAGCCAUCCUCAAGAUGCAGUAGCAUUAACUGGUGAUUUCGUCAACUUCACGUGUCGAGCUAUAGGAAAACCACCACCUGACGUAUAUCAGUGGUUCAAGAACGGGGAACUUAUCACAACCAACCCA